GCGUAAGCAACAUAUUAAGCAUAGCGGGGAGUGACAGUUGUGGUGGAGCGGGCAUGCAGGCAGAUAUAAAAACUGCGAUGGGGUUAGGAUGCCACUGUUGUACUGCGUUCGUCGUUUUAACAGCCCAGAACACUAAGGAAGUUAAAAGGAUUGUAGAAAUUGAGGAAAGAUUCAUCGUGGAGCAGUUGGAUAGCAUUUUUGCAGAUGUGACCAUCGACGUGGUGAAGCUGGGAGUUUUAUAUUCAAAGAAAAUUAUUUCAUUGGUUCGUGAGUACAUAGUAAAUAUGAACAAAAAGAGGGGGAAAAAACUGCUAGUAGUUUUCGACCCAGUGUUUGUAUCAAGUUCUGGAUGCCUCCUAGUGGAAAAUCUGGAAUACAUAAAAUUUGCUAUUGAUUUAAUAUGUCCGAUAAGCUGUAUAAUUACUCCUAACUUUUACGAGUGUAAGGUUAUUCUCGAGGCACUAGACUGUCAAAUGGAUUUAUCCAAGACGAACAUGAUUGAGCUGUGCAAAUUGGUGACAGACAAGCUGGACAUAAAUGCCUGUUUGUUUAAGAGCUGCAACGUACGGGGAAGUUCCGCGGAGGAGAAUGAGGUGUACGCAGUCGACCAUUUAUGCAUCAGGAGGGUUGGAAGUACACCUGGGGGGGAAGUAGUACAGAGGGAUGCGGGCGAACUGGGACAAUCCCCAGCAGGGGGAGUAACCUACCUAUACGAUGUGUACAAACUAAGGUCUAAGCGGAAGCUAGGGCUAGACAUACACGGAACGGGCUGUACCCUAUCCACAGCCAUAGCGUGCUACUUGGCAAAGAAGCAUAACAUUUUGCAAUCUUGCAUAGAGUCGAAAAAGUACAUUUACAACUGCAUCAGAUAUGCCUACCCGUUUGGGGGUAAAAGUCAGGGGUUGAACCAUUUGAAGGCAUCUCAAGAGUUGCCAACUUUUACGGACCUCGACGUUAUACCCAUUGUUCAAGAUUCCCCUU